GGCCCAGACGCGCCCGGCCCCAGCGCCGCGCCGGCGAGCUGAUUGCCAGUGCCAGUCCGUCCCAGUCCUCGCCGCCGCCCGCACGCUCUCCGCUCCGGCUCAUCCUCGUCCCCGCCUCCCCGCCCGGAAACUAGAUCACCAGAGCGCCAUGUCUACCGAAGAGCUCUUCCAGAAGGCCGCCGAGGACGUGAAGAACCUGAAGAGCCAGCCCAGCAAUGAGGAGCUGCUGGAGCUGUACGCCCUCUUCAAGCAGGGCUCCGUCGGCGACGUCAACACCGCUCGCCCCGGCAUGCUGGACCUGAAGGGCAAGGCCAAGUGGGACGCCUGGAACGCCAAGAAGGGCACCAGCCAGGAGGCCGCCAAGACCGCCUACGUCGCCAAGGUCAAGGAGCUCCAGGACAAGUACGGCAUGAAGUAGAUCGGCCUGCCAAUCGUUUAUGUUUUAAAUUGUUAUCGUUUUUUAAUAAAUUAAUUUUAAAUUGCAA